UAAUCCAUAAACCCUUUCUCUCCAAGAAAACUAUAUUCACACAAAAUAUAUUUACAAACAAACUUCCGAUUUUCUCGCAAAUUUCCAUUUUACUUCCUUCAAGUAUAAUAAAUAUAUUACAAAGAUGAUGACACGUGGAUCAGUAACCGCCUUCCGAUCCGUCGUACAUUCACGUUUGCUUGCCGGAAACGGAGUUGAGCCGGCGGCGGUGACGUGGUGGAUGAGGAGUGGUGGUGGUGGUCGGAAUGCGAGUACGAUGGCGUUAGGUAAUAAAGAACAGCAGGAUGUACGGAAGGAAGAUGUGGCGACUGACGGAGGUGCGGCGGCGGCGGCUGGUGGUGGUGGUGAGAAGAAGGAGAAACAAGUGAUGAGUUACUGGGGAGUUCCGCCGUCUAGGAUUACUAAAGAGGAUGGCUCUGAAUGGAAGUGGAAUUGUUUUAGGCCAUGGGAGACGUAUCAAGCCGAUUUAUCAAUUGAUUUGAAGAAGCAUCAUGUUCCAAAGACAUUUUUGGACAAAUUUGCGUACUACACUGUCAAGUCUCUGAGACUUCCUACUGAUAUAUUCUUUCAGAGGCGAUAUGGGUGUCGGGCAAUGAUGCUUGAAACUGUGGCUGCUGUGCCUGGAAUGGUGGGAGGGAUGCUUCUGCACUGUAAAUCUCUGAGGCGAUUUGAGCACAGUGGUGGUUGGAUCAAGGCUCUGUUGGAAGAAGCUGAGAAUGAGAGAAUGCAUUUGAUGACUUUCAUGGAAGUUGCUAAGCCAAAAUGGUAUGAGCGUGCUCUUGUUUUCGCGGUUCAGGGUGUUUUCUUCAACGCCUACUUUCUUGCAUACCUCGCUUCACCUAAAUUUGCUCACCGGAUCACUGGGUACCUCGAGGAGGAAGCUAUUCACUCGUAUACUGAGUUUUUGAAGGAGCUUGACAAAGGUAACAUCGAAAAUGUCAAGGCUCCUGCCAUUGCCAUUGACUAUUGGCGUCUUCCUGCUGAUGCGACACUUCGUGAUGUUGUUAUGGUUGUGAGAGCAGAUGAGGCUCAUCAUCGUGAUGUUAAUCACUUUGCAUCGGACAUAAAGCACCAGGGACUUGACCUUAAAGACAAUCCAGCUCCAAUUGGAUAUCACUGAAGGAAGUCCCAUGAGUAGUAACUGAAACUGAAUGGGUCGUUGACCCGGAUCAAUAAUAAUAAUAUUGGUUUAAUACUUGGGUAUUAGUGAUUUCUUUUUUUGCUUACUUUUGUAUAGAUUUUAUGAUGUUUUUGUGUUAGUUAACUGGUUUGAAUGCUAUACAUGAAAACCUUUAUGCUACAACUAUUGAGGAAAUAUGAAACGCAAUAUCUUUGUUA